UCGCGAUCCCAACAUGUCUGCACCAUCCUUUACCAGCUUCAUCGUGAAGCGCCCAUGGCUGAAGAACUUCAUGACCCCGCUGUCCAAUUGGUACUGCAAUGCCGCUGGGUACAGGAAGCUCGGCUUGAGAGCCGAUGACCUGAUUUCCGAAGAAGACGAGACGGUCCUGCUGGCGCUCAAGCGUCUCCCCGAGAAGGAGGCAUACGACCGCGUCUUCCGUCUGCGACGAGCUUUCCAGGUAGGACCGACCUACGCCAAUAUAUCAGCCUCACUGGCGCACCAGCUUCUUCCCAAGGAACAGCACACCAAGCCCGAGGAGGACUACCCAUACCUGUCGCCCAUCAUCAGGGAAAUCGAGGCGGAGGCUAAAGAGCGCUCGGAUUUGGAGUCGUUGUCUAUCAAGCGAAAGUAG